AAUCCCCAUCAGUCUCCCCUUCCAAAACCGGAUUUGCGAACCACACCUAGCAGCCGAGGUUAGCACGCGUCCUGCGUCCAUGGAGGACGAGGAGCACGAGGUGUACGGCCAGGAGAUUCCCGUUGACGGCGAGGACGUCGACAUGGCUGCCGGCGACGAUGCCACCAAGCUGCAGGAACUUGACGAUAUGAAGCGCCGGCUCAAGGAAAUGGAGGAGGAGGCCGCCGCGCUCCGCGAGAUGCAGGCCAAGGUUGCCAAGGAGAUGCAAGGUGUAGAUCCCAAUGCAACCACAUCUGAAAACAAAGAGGAGAUGGAUUCUCGGUCAGUAUUCAUUGGAAAUGUUGACUAUGCGUGCACUCCAGAAGAAGUGCAGCAGCACUUCAAUUCUUGUGGAACUGUCAACAGAGUUACAAUCCUGACUGACAAGUUUGGGCAACCAAAAGGUUUUGCUUACGUGGAAUUUGUGGAAGUUGAAGCUGUUCAGGAAGCUAUCAAGUUGAACGAGUCAGAGUUGCACGGUCGCCAACUCAAGGUGGCACCGAAGAGGACUAACGUUCCUGGGAUGAAGCAACCCCGCGGUCGAGGUUUCAAUCCGUACCAUGGCCACCCCUACAUGAGGCCGUAUGGUUAUAGUCCUUAUGGUUAUGGGAGAUUCCCCAGAUUCCGCCGCCCGCGAAGACCUUAUUUUUGAAGCUCGGUUCCCAUUUGGCAGAACAUGGGCGAUAAUCGGCCGCGUUCUGUUAUUUCAUAGCUUAUUCGGGACGUUCCCAUGCAUGUUUCUGUAUUGACGAUGCUUAAGCUUUGUACUGUAUUGUAUCAGUUAUGCAAGACGAUUAUGAUUUAGUUACACGAAAUGCACUGUUGUGAUGCUACUUGGGGUGCGCCACUUUUGGGCCUCGAAUAUGAUUGUAUAAGCUGAUGCAUUAUUUAUUCA